GCUCAAGUCUUCCUUCGCCACGACUAGCACCGCUGCUUUGUCGAAUUUGCCGACAUGGCCGAGGAGGAAGGGCAGGAAGUCAUCUUCACCGAGAACACGGCGCCAGACCGAGAGAUUUGGGAUGAGAAGGGCGGCCUCAUCAAGAAAGGUGCAGCCGAGAUUGCCGAGCGAGAUCAGGACCACGUGCCCGAAGUGAAGGUCCUGACUACAUUGGGCAUGUUCGCAGUGCCUGUGACAGCAGAGACGACCCUUGGGGAGAUCCGGCAGAAGGUGCAAGAAUGGAAGCCGGAGUACUCCCUGGAACAAAUUGAGCUUGUUUGCAAGGACAAAGACGCUUGGGGACCACUAUUCAACAAGACAUCGCGCCCCAGGGAUGAUGACGAAACCGUUGAGUCUCUGUGGAGUGACUGGGACAUUCCUCGUCGGAUGAUGCAGGUUGCUCUGUGGAUCAAGGAGAAGAACGAGGAGACUGGCGAGUGGGAGAGCACCUUCUGGAAGAUGCUGGAAGAGAGCAAGUGCGAUGACUGGAGCUUCCAGGGUCACACCAUUUGAGAACCUGGCAGGGUGGCCCAGUGAUACUGGUGCUGGAAUGCCCACAAAGAAUCCUAGCCAACCAAUGGAGGCCUGCUGACGCGAGGAAAGUACGACAAUCUUGAUGCAGUCGUGUGGAUCAUGG